AUGCCUUGCGAAAAAUGCGAAAAGAAACUUAAAAAGUUGGCAACCCCUGAUGUCAAAAAUAGCUCGAAUAGAUCAACUGGCACUAACAAACUGUUGGAAUACCGCCAUGCCAAACAAAAGUUUAAUCCAAAAAGUCGAAAAUGUAAAAAGUGUAACAGCCAACUUCAUCAAGAUGGCAAAUAUUGUUCAGUCUGUUCUUACAAAUUAGGUAAAUGCCAGUUGUGUGGCAGAACAAUAGCCGAUGUUUCCUCAAGUAAUAUGUCAAUAAUAUAG